UGACCGGUGGCGCGGAGAUGGCAGCCCGAGUGAGCGGGAACGUGAAGAUCCGGCCGAGACCGGCGAGCGAUGAUGUGGAGCCACUGCAGCAAGCGGUUGAAUAUUUUACUACUGUGAAGGAACGAACUCCAUCAAAUGGAAAUCUUCAUCUAGACACAAUUGAAGGCAUUGCUUUUGAGAGAGGCUUGCCCCCGGAUGUAAUUGAGUCACUUCUGGACGUGGUUAUGAGUGCCAGACUUGUUGACAGGUUUAAUACACGCCUUAUAAAGUGCCUUAUUCCUGCUUCUGUAGUCCCUGAAUGUGCAGUGACAAAUGCUAUCUCUUGGAUGUGUACAAGAAAACCUUCCAUCAAUGUCCAGGUGCUGUUUAUCAGAUGGUUAUUAACCGUUUUUGAUCUUUUGGAUUCAAAGAAGCAAUUGCAUUCAUUGUAUGGCAUCAUUUUCUUCUACCUUCAAAAUGACAAGUUGUGUCCAUAUAUAUGUCAUCUAUUGUACCUGCUAACUAAAAAGGAAAACGUUAAACGAUUCAGAGUCAAGAAGCUGAUUGAUCUGCAGGCCAAAAUGGGAAUGCAAUCAAAUCUGAUGGCUCUUAUUUUGCUGUAUAAGAUCCAUGCACCUGAAUUUGUAUGUUUGACAUGUCCUCGACGACUCAAGAAUUUGCAAGUGUCUCGGUCAUUCUGGAAGAAAGCCAUUGAAAAGGUUCAGAAUAAUGGUUAUAGGCAGUUGUCUGGAACCCCAGAACUAGUGAAUAUAACCGAGCCUCCAAUGCGGAAAAGGAAAAAGAAGAUGCAUCGUGAAUUGAUUCCAGUUGUCAGCAGUGCUCCACACUUGACAGAACUGUCUGGUUCCCUGAUGCAGAGUAAAAGUUUUCCUUUGGAACAAUUAGCCACAUUCUCCCAACUAUUGGAUAACUUUGAUCGAAUAGAGUUCCCUGCACAGAUGGGCUCCCUGCUGCGAUCUCCGCUGUUGCUUCAUUACAUUAAUUGGGUAAAAGAUGACACUGCAUUUCUGCGGCUUGAUUUCUGGCUGGCUCAAACUCUUCAGGAAGAGUUCGCAGACUGUAAUGGUGACUCGUUGCAGAAGGAAAAAGAAUUCAUAGAAUUUCUAAAUAUCAUCAUUAGAACUCAAGAAUUUCUACAGGAAGGAUUUUCAUGCUGUGAGGACUUUGCAUUCAAGAGCUUAUCUCUUUAUGAUAGUUCGUGGUGUAGCUCUCAGAUCCUUGCCUUGCUCACGAGGAUUUCACCAAGCACCGAUGUGAUUUCCUUUUAUUUUGAUCCAUUAAUGAAACUGUUCUUCACUUCCUCAAUUUAUUUUAAGUGCAGUGUAAUUGAGAGUCUCACCAGCCUGUUGAUGAAAUGGCUAACCUGGCAUUCUGUGUGUGUAGCUGAUUUGGACAGACAAAGUCCCAAUGUUUUACAAAGUCCACAGAAUGUUUCUCUUUCUGGAUUGGUGAAUUCAGUUUCUGAACUUGUGGAAUUUACUGCAAGAAUUUCAGUCGUAGCACUUCACAUGGAGGCCUACAGCAGUCUGCUGUUGCAUUUCAUUCUCAAUUUCUAUGAGACGGUAUCUGAUAUGUAUUUGAAAUACAGUCUGCCCCUGGUGAUUUUGCCACCUGCUGGUAUAAUUUAUCCAGCAUUACUGAGUUUGGAAUCGGUGAGUCUGAAUCAGCUGUGUCACAUUAUGUACAGGUACCGGACAAAUCUAACAGCUUUGAAAUCCUUGGAUUUGAGUACAAAUGUACAAAUAGGUUUGAAGGUGAAUAGGAAAACAUUUCAGCAGUAUAAUGCAUUUAUGAAAACUGCCGUCAGUUGCUUGUGGACAUCAAGAAACUUUGAACAAGACAUUCAUCCUAUGGGUAUUGGAAUUGAAUAUAAUCUGCUUGAACAGACCAAGGUUCCAGACUCCCUGAGUAGUUUUACUCUUGUUAAUCAUCCAGCGCUCAUGGGACAUGCCAUAAAUUUUACUCAAAAGGGAUGGCCCAAUGGAAAGAAGCGAUUACAUGCGAUACAGGGAAAGAUAUGGAACUGGUAUGUCAAGUACUUAUACAACCAAGGACUUGAUGGACUUAAACAUUUCCUUGAAUCUUGCAUCCACGCAGUGUCCACUUCAGAACAUUAAACUACAAGCGAUGGCACUACUGAACUGUACUAUUGAAUAUUUUAAGAGAUUCCACAGCAUUUAUCUGGUUUUGUUAAAUGCACAAGAUGCCCAGCUGCUUCCUGCAUAAUUGUCUGCACAAUAAAUGGAGGAUUGAUAUUAAA